AUGAACUGCGUGAAAAGCGUGAACAGCGUGAACAACGUGAACAGCGUGAACACCGUGAACAGCGUGAACACCGUAAACAGCGUGAACAGCGUGAAAACCGUAAACAGCGUGAACAGCGUGAACAGCGUGAACUGCGUGAAAAGCGUGAACAGCGUGAACAACGUGAACAGCGUGAACACCGUGAACAGCGUGAACAGCGUGAACAGCGUGAACAGCGUGAACACCGUGAACAGCGUGAACAGCGUGAACACCGUGAACACCGUGAACACCGUGACCAGCGUGAACAGCGUGAAUAGCGUGAACAGCGUGAACAGCGUGAACAGCGUGAACACCCAACGGAGUGUGAAACAUGUUUGUAACGGAGUGUGA